AUGGAAGAGGACGACAUAUUCGCGGACCUGCUGUCCGGCCUGCAGCCCACCAGGAAGCUGGAGCCCGUGGAGCCGCCCCCACCUUCAAUGAACGACGCGCGAAAGGGCGAUGGGGACGGCGGCGGGUCCAUUCAGGUGCAGGUGUCGUCCGAGCCGGUUGGGCAGAAGAUGCCGCCAUUGAUCCAGCCCUUAAAGAGGGAGGAAAUGGACGAGAUAGUGCGGGGAGUGGCCAGGGAGAUCGUGUUCGAGAGCCUGAGCGCCCUGACAAACACCCUGAGGGCAUGCCUGGGGGAUGUGUCCGCACGCCUGGGGAGAAUUGAGGGCGAGUGCAAGGAGUUGAAGGCGGCGUUGGAGGCGUCUCGAGGCGAGGCUGCGGAGGGGGCCAACCAGGCAAUGGACAGGCUGGGCGGCCUCGCCACGGCCAUCAGGGACCAGGGGCUGCACCUGCAGCGGCUGCUGGACAAGCAGGAGCUGAUGGAUGCGCAUGUGAUGCUUGCGAACCUGAAUCAGAGCAAGGGCCAUGGCCGGGAGGCGAGGCAGGAAGCCAAACAGGCCACCGAGUCAGGCGAGGGUCCGGAGCUGAUAUCAGUGAAGAGCGGAGGGAAGGACGGACCAUCCGUGGGCGUUGAGCAGCCCAACCCGCCAACCCAGCCAGCGGCGCCGCCAGCCCAGCCGGCGCCACAGCCAGCAGCAGCGCCAGUGGCGCCACCAGCGCCUGUUGCGUCCAUGGAUGCCAGUCAACCCGUUUCCAAGCCCGUGGCCCAGGCGGUGACUCGGCCAGCUGUUCCAUCCACCCCUCAGCCUGUGGCUCAACCUGCAGCCCCGCCGCCACAGCUCGCCCCGGCCUCUUCCCAGGCUGUCGAUUCUGCAGUCGUCCACCCCCCUCCCCAGGCCCAACCCCAGCCAGUCGUGCAGGCCCCCCCUCCCCCGCCCCCGGUGCCCCCUCCUGCCCCUGUGUACAGCAUGUCCCUCGGCGGGGCUCCCCAGGUGUCACAGCAGAUGGCACCCCUACAGAGCUUCCCGCCUCGACUGCCUCAGCAGCCAGUGCAGCAGCAGGCCCCCCCUCCUCCUGGGCCGCCACCAGGGCCGCCACCAGGGGCCCCACAAGGGCCCCCACAAGGGCCUCCACAAGGGCCUCCACAAGGGCCUCCCCUGCAGAUGUACCAGACUCCAUCCGUCUCCCAACAGCAGCAGCCGCAGCAGCGCAUGCCCCAGCCCCCCCUGCAGCAAAUGGCCCCCCCUGCGCUGCCGCAGCAUGGAUACCCAAGCAUGCACGGCAUGGCGCCCGCGCCGCCGCCCCCUGGGCCACCUCCCCCCCAGCAAGAACCUUUGCAGUUUUCGGUGCCGCCCAUGUCGGCGCGCACAGGAGGGCCCCCAGCGUACCAGCAGCUGAACACGGGAAUGGGCAGUGCUCGGGCGCCUUAUGGCAGCGGUGCUAUGGCGCCCCCGUUGUCUGGGCGACCUGGUGGGUUUGGUCAGGGUCCACCGCCUGUGGGUGGGCCUCCGGGCGGUCAGGUCGGGACAAGGACGACCACGCAGUCCGUGCCUCUGGAACAGGUGAUCAAUGAUGUCACGGCCAUGGGGUUCGACCGCACCCGAGUGCGGUCGAUCGUGACAGACAUGGUCAACCAGGGGAAGUCCAUUGAUCUGAACACGGUCAUCGACACCCUCACAAGGUACUGA